AUGGCCGCUACUGUCAAGGACACUGUCCUUGACCGCCACAACAGUGCUCGUGCCAAGCACGGCGUCUCCAACCUCAAGUGGAGCGACGAGCUGGCCAAGAUUGCCCAGGGCCACACCAACUCUUGCGAGUUCAAGCACAAGGUCGAAGGCGCCUAUGGCCAGAACCUCGGCUGGGUCGGCUGGUCCGGCGGCUCGGCACCCAACGCCAUCACCACGUUCGGCGACAUGGUGACCACGGGUUGGUACGGCGAGAUCAGCAAGUUCACCCAGUGGGGCGUUGCCACGCCCAACAUGGACAACUUUGGCGACUGGGGCCACUUUACCCAGGUCGUCUGGAAGAGCACCUACGAGGUCGGCUGCGCCUACACGACCUGCGACGGCGGCAAGGCCUACUUCUUCGAGUGCAACUACCGCACUCCUGGCAACUACAUUGGCGAGUUCGGCAAGAACGUCCCUCGCAAGAUCUAAACGGCCUCGCCAGCUAGCAACUUAGCAAAGGGAG